GUACACUUGCAGCUUAUUGUUGAUAACUGAGUGAAAGGGGGAAGAACCAGGACUAUUCUUUUACAGAGGCACUUGUCUAUUGAGUGCUUUGUAUGUCUUUAUGCGAACUUUUUUACACAAUUUGAUUGUUCGCAUACUUCUGAACACAGCGCGAGCUUCACCGCAGUAUUAAUUGCUCUUCAACCCCCUAUUACAAUUUGUCAUGAUUUCACCACACACGCCACGCUCUAUUCUACAACUGCAUACUAUAAUCUAGUAUAUCCAUUUGGAACUACCAUGGCCCCCAGCAAAAAAAGUCAGAAGAAUGUCACUGACCUAGAAAACAGAACAUGCCACCUCUCCGGCUGCAAAGUCGUUGUAGGUUCCCAACGGACAAUGUGCCCUGUCCACAGGGUAGAACACGCUAAGCACCAAGCCGCAUUGCGACAAAAGCGGAAAGACGAUCUCGAAUGCGUGCGCUGUGGCGCGAAAAUCGAUAACAACUAUUUUUCUAACUGUGCAAAGUGCAGAUUUAAGAAAUCGCAGUAUCAGAGGAAGAUGCGAGAAGAACGCAAAUCUAGUAGUGGCACAGGAGGGGGGAACAGAGAAACGGAGGCUGCGCAUCGUCAGCAGCAGAGUUUCAUUGAAUUAGUUUGUAGCCCGCCAGACUCUACCGAGCAUGAUGUCGAAGCUGCGAAAAUCUUAAUGCAGAUGAGCAAGCCGCGAUACAACCUGAGAUCAUUGGCUAAGUAAGGUGUAAUUAAUUAGAGCAUGUUCUUCUUAAUUGAUAUUUGUUGUUAAAGAUAUUUAAACUUGUGACUGCGAGUAUUUUAGCUGCU